GCGGGAGCGAGCGCGUCCGGGAGCCCACGGGCCGAGAAGCGCCGCGGGUGAGGAGACCCGCGCCCGCGGCGCGGGUUACCCGUGGAACAUAAGCAAUGGAUUCCUUGGACCACAUGCUGACGGACCCCUUGGAACUGGGCCCGUGUGGGGAUGGCCAUGGCACGCGGAUCAUGGAGGACUGCCUCCUGGGGGGCACCAGGGUGAGCCUGCCGGAGGACCUUCUGGAGGAUCCUGAGAUAUUCUUUGAUGUGGUCAGUCUCUCAACGUGGCGGGAAGUCCUAAGUGACUGUCAGCGUGAGCACCUCCAGCAGUUUCUGCCCCACUUUCCUGAAGAUGGAAUCCAGCAGCAAAACCAGCUCAUCCUCGCCCUGUUCAGUGGGGAGAACUUCCGCUUUGGGAACCCUCUGCACAUUGCACAGAAGCUUUUCCGAGACGGACACUUCAACCCCGAGGUGGUCAAGUACCGGCAGCUGUGCUUCAAGUCUCAGUACAAGCGCUACCUGAGCUCCCAGCAGCAGUAUUUCCACCGGCUGCUGCGGCAGAUCCUGGCCUCUCGGAACGACCUCCUGGAGAUGGCCCGGCGCAGCGGCCCCGCCCCGCCCUGCCGGCAGAAGCGCCCGUCCCCAUCCCGCACACCCGAGGAGCGGGAGUGGCGCACCCAGCAGCGCUACUUGAAGGUGUUGCGGGAAGUAAAGGAGGAGUGCGGGGACACGGCCCUGUCCUCUGAUGAAGAGGCCACGUUGGAUUUACAAGAAAAAUUUUCUUUUGAAGAUCUCAGCUCGUGGCUUCCGAGCUCUCCAGCACGCUCUCCUAGCCCCGCGGUGCCCCUGAGGGUGGUGCCCACACUCUGCACCACGGACAUGAAAACCGCAGAUAAGCUAGAGCUGGGGGAGAGUGACCUGAAGGUCAUGCUGAGGAAGCACCACGAGAAACGGAAAUACCAGCCGGAUCACCCGGAUCUUUUGACGGGGGACCUGACUCUCAGUGACAUCAUGAUGCGAGUCAAUGCUGGCAGGAAGGGCUCUCUGGCAGCCCUGUAUGACUUGGCUGUCCUUAAAAAAAAGGUUAAGGAAAAAGAAGAAAGGAAGAAGAAAAAAAUAAAAAUGAUCAAAUCAGAGACAGAGGAUCUGGUUGAACCCCUGAGCAGCGCUGAAGGGCUUCCACCCCUCUCCCAGGCUCCAUCCCCACUGGCCAUACCUGUUAUCAAAGAGGAGCCUCUUGAAGACCUCAAGCCUUGCCUUGGAAUCAAUGAGAUAUCUUCCAGCUUCUUCUCUCUUCUGUUGGAGAUCUUGCUGCUGGAGGGGCAGACCAGUCUCCCUAUGUUGGAGGAGCGAGUUUUGGACUGGCAGUCCUCUCCGGCCAGCUCCCUUAAUAGCUGGUUCUCUGCGGCCCCCAACUGGGCAGAGUUGGUGUUACCAGCCCUGCAGUGUCUUGCUGGAGAAAGCCGCGCUAUGCCUUCCGGUUUCUCUCCCUUUGUUGAGUUCAAAGAGAAGACUCAGCAGUGGAAGUUGCUUGGCCAGUCCCAAGAUAAUGAAAAGGAGUUAGCUGCCCUCUUCCAGCUGUGGCUAGAAACCAAAGACCAGGCCUUCUGUAAGCAAGAAAAUGAAGACAGCUCAGAUGCCACGAUGCCUGUUCCUCGGGUAAGAACUGACUAUGUGGUGCGGCCCAGCACAGGAGAGGAGAAGCGAGCUUUUCAGGAGCAGGAGCGUUACAGGUACAGCCAGCCCCACAAGGCCUUCACCUUCCGCAUGCACGGCUUCGAGUCUGUGGUGGGGCCUGUGAAGGGCGUGUUCGACAAGGAGACCUCGCUCAACAAGGCGCGAGAACACUCCCUGCUGCGGUCCGACCGGCCCGCCUACGUCACCAUCCUGUCCCUGGUCCGCGACGCCGCGGCCCGGCUGCCCAAUGGCGAGGGCACACGGGCAGAGAUCUGCGAGCUGCUCAAGGACUCCCAAUUCCUGGCGCCGGACGUCACUAGCACUCAGGUGAACACGGUAGUGAGCGGAGCCCUGGACCGGCUGCACUAUGAGAAAGACCCGUGCGUGAAGUACGACAUUGGGCGGAAGCUGUGGAUCUACCUGCAUCGCGACCGGAGCGAGGAGGAGUUCGAGCGGAUCCACCAGGCCCAAGCAGCUGCAGCUAAAGCCAGAAAAGCCCUUCAGCAAAAGCCCAAGCCCCCGUCCAAGGUGAAGUCCAGCAGCAAGGAGAGUUCGGUGAAGGUCCUCGGCGGUGGCCCUUCCGAGCAGAGCCAGAUGAGCCUCAGUGACUCCAGCAUGCCGCCCACCCCGGUCACGCCUGUGACCCCCACCACCCCCGCUUUGCCCGCCACCCCUAUCUCCCCUCCGCCUGUGUCCUCAGUGAACAAAAGCGGCCCGACUGCUGUCUCAGAGCCAGCCAAAUCUAGUUCAGGGGUUCUUCUCGUAUCUUCCCCGACGAUGCCACAGCUGGGGACCAUGCUUUCCCCAGCUUCCAGCCAGACUCCACCAAGUUCUCAGGCAGCUGCCCGGGUUGUGAGCCACACUGGCUCGGCUGGGCUCCCCCAGGUGCGGGUGAUGGCCCAGCCCGGCCUUCCUGCUGUGAAUCAGCAGUCAGCGGGGCCAGCGCCCACCCUGCCACAGAUUCGCGUUCCAGCCACUGCCACACAGACCAAAGUCGUGCCCCAGACAGUAAUGGCCACCGUGCCGGUCAAAGCCCAGACUGCGGCGUCCACGGUGCAGCGGCCUGGACCCGGGCCGGCGGGGCUCACGGUGACGAGUCUCCCUGCAGCAGCCAACCCUGUGAGCAAGCCAGCCACCAGUUCCCCUGGGAGCUCCGCUCAGGGUGCUCCCACAGCUGCGGUCAUUCAGAACGUCACGGGACAGAACAUCAUCAAGCAGGUGGCAAUCACUGGGCAGCUUGGCGUGAAGCCCCAGGCGGGCAGCAGCGUGCCACUCACAGCCGCUAACUUCCGUAUCCAGGGUAAGGACGUGCUGCGCCUGCCGCCCUCAUCCAUCACCACGGAUGCCAAAGGCCAGACGGUUCUGCGAAUCACUCCAGACAUGAUGGCCACGUUGGCCAAGUCCCAGGUCACCACAGUUAAACUGACCCAGGACCUCUUUGGGACAGGAAGUGGCACUGCGGGCAAAGGCAUCUCCGCUACCUUACACGUCACUUCCAAUCCCGUCCACGCGGCUGACAGCCCUGCCAAGGCCAGUCCGGCCAGCGUCCCUUCAUCCACCCCAACAGGGACCACCGUGGUCAAGGUGACUCCUGACCUCAAGCCAACAGAAGCCUCAGGUUCAGCUUUCCGCUUAAUGCCAGCGCUUGGUGUGAGCGUGGCUGACCAGAAGGGGAAAACUACAGUGGCCUCUUCCGAAGCCAAGCCGGCAGCCACCAUCCGCAUCGUGCAGGGCCUGGGAGUGAUGCCUCCCAAAGCGGGCCAGACCAUCACGGUUGCGGCCCAUGCCAAGCAGGGGUCGUCAGUGGCCAGUGGGUCCGGCACUGUUCAUACCUCUGCAGUGUCCUUGCCCAGCGUGAAUGCUGCCACGUCCAAGACUGUGGCCGUGGCUUCUGGCUCAGCCAGCUCCCCCAUCAGCAUUGGGACCGGAGCCCCUGCUGUGCGGCAGGUCCCUGUCAGCACCACCGUGGUCUCCACGUCGCAGGCUGGGAAGCUCCCAGCGCGGAUCACGGUUCCACUCUCUGUCAUCAGCCAGCCUGUGAAGGGCAAGAGUGUGGUCACAGCUCCCAUCAUCAAAGGCAACCUUGGAGCCAACCUCAGCGGGCUGGGCCGCAACAUCAUCCUCACCACGAUGCCGGCGGGGACGAAGCUCAUCGCCGGCAACAAGCCCGUGAGCUUCCUCACUGCGCAGCAGCUGCAGCAGCUCCAGCAGCAAGGGCAGGCCACGCAGGUGCGCAUCCAGACGGUCCCUGCGUCCCACCUCCAGCCAGGAACGGCUUCUGGUUCCUCCAAAGCAGUCUCCACCGUCGUCGUGACCACAGCUCCGUCUCCGAAACAGGCACCUGAUCAGCAGUGAUUCUGAGCGAGGAAGGCGGCCACCGUGGACGCCACGCCCGGUCGGCCUCUCGGGCCGGGAGGCGGGAGCGGGCGGCCGCAGUGUCCCCUGAGCGUGUCCGUCUGAGGCAGGCCCGCGGUGGGGCGGGGCGGCGCGAGGGUUGCCGGGGUCCCGCGCGGUCUGUUCUGUCUGGCCCAGGAGGGGCUUCUCCGUGGGGCUGCGUGAGCUCGUGGUGGUCACAAAGCCGGGCACUCUGCUGGGAGCUCGGCGCCAAGGCAGGCGGAAGGGCGCGAGGAGUGUGGGCGGCGGAUGAGUCCCGCCCUGUGCUGGGCUUGUGCCUCUCAGCGUCUGCUCUUCCCUGUGACUGGUGUCUGGGUAGGAGUUUUGUGUCUGGAUGUUUUCAUGUAACUUAUUUUUUACAGACCCUGUUGUACAUGUUUAUUGAGUAGAAACUUGGGCUUCAGCUUGGCACCCCGACCCCACCCCAACCGAUUACUUACUCUUUUGACCAGAAUGAGAGAAGAUCAAGGUGCUUAGUAAGUUGGUGGCUGACUUGAUGACUCACGGUAACUGGGGGCAGGAAGAGGGGAAAGGAACGAAGGACGUGGACGGCGUGUGUCCCUGAAGCGCAAUGAGUUGGCGCGAUCUUACAGGCAAGGUGUCAGGAUCUUGAUGGUGGUCGGGACCUGCGCCUGCUGGCUCUGCCCUCGUCAGGCCCGCUCACGCGCAGGUCCAGGGCCAGUGGACAGAGUGGGCGGAAGCCCGCAGGGACUGCUCACAGGGAGGCUGCAGCACAAGCUUCGCUGCGGUUUGGAGACAAUACGUUUUGCUUUGUUCCAGAGCUAAAGUCAACAAACCGUUCCCCUGGGGCUGGCUACCUGCUUUUUUUGUAAAUAAAGUUUUAUUGGAACACAGCCCAUGCCCAUUCAUUUAUGAGUAUCUAUGGCUGCUUUCGGUUAGAGGGCAGACCUGAGUAGUUGUCAUAGAGACUGUGGCCUCAAGCCUGAAAUUUUUCUUCUGUGACUGUUAAGUGACACUCUGCUCCAGAGUGGAGGCGGCAGGAGAGGAGUGGUGUGGCCACGAGGUAGACCUGGCCACGCAGGAGGCAGGUGUGGGGGUACAGUUACGUGAUCCCGGCUCCUCCACACUUCUCAGGCUCCAUCAAGCUAUAGGCAGAGCUCAGAACGGUAUUUUAAAAUGUAAUUAAAAGCACUGAUUGUCAGUAAUAAUCAACACCUCUUUUGUGUUGGAGCAGGUGUUGGAUGGUAAAGCUUUUCUGCAGUGACACGGCUUUCCUGCUCUCCUGAAAGUGUCCAGAUUAAAAACGUGUUUCUAAGCCAUGGAAACUUAGCGAUGACCUUUAAUGGGGUCUGGCUGAAAAAGUGGAGCUAGAGGGUGAAGAAUUAGAAUGGCCUUGUUUAGAGGAGGGGAAUCCUGGGUGGAAGGUGAGCGAUUAGGCAAGUUGCAGACGUGCGGACAAGGUUAGAGUGGCCUGUUGGAUACGCAGUGGUCUUACUGAAGUUUGAUUCUUACAGCAGUUCUGUGAAAUGGACAUUAUCCUCCCUGUUUUAACUGGGAAGGUGCGGGUCUGAGCUGAAGUUAAAGGGAACCAAGGUGUAAGUGCAGUCUUCUGGUUGUAAGUCAGGUGACCUGCUGCUACCUUCCAGUGGGAAGGAUGGCUGUGGUGCGUCCUGGUGACAUGGGACUGUCCAGAGCUGGGGGUGGUGAGGCUGGCUUACAGAGAGCAGAGGUGAAUUGGCUGAGGUCGGAUGGAGCUUUUGAUGGGUAGUCGAGGUGGGUAAGAUUGGUGGUGGGGAGAGGAGGAGAGUGCAGGGAUGGAAGGAGGCUUGUCUUCCGCCUGAGGAGAGGGGCGGUGUCUGUGUUUUAUGAUAACUGGGGUGUUUGCAUGGCGUUAUUUCCUAGAGCCACAGUUCACGUGACAGUUCUGUGUGACGGUUUCCAAAUGAGAAAAAGGUAGAAAUUUGAGGGAUCCUGUCUCUGGUAUUUACUGCUGGUUAAAACAAACCCCUUCUGAAUUUACUUAACAAAUGAUUGCAUAAUUUGUUCAGCCUCAACCCUACCCCACACGUUUAUUUGCUAAAGUCACCUGAUUACCUGUCUCCUUGGUGCCCGCAGACAUUUAUUUACAUCCUAGCAGACAGGUAUGUUUCAGGACGCCAGUGUAGGAUUGACGCCCAGGUAAGUGUGAUCUGGUACUUCGUGCCCAGCCUGCCAUUGGGUACCAUGCAACAGGGCCCCCCCCGUUGGAGCUGCUCAAAUGAUGUCACCGGCAUUUGCAUCAGUCAUGGUGCCUUGGACGCAGACCUCAGGGUGCUUGUAGAGAUGUGGUAGCUAUCAUGGGUGUUUUGAGGGAACAAGUCCAGAAGAACUUGGCUGAGAGGCUCGCAGGCUGGUAAGAUUGCACAGACCGUGCUUCUGACGCUAGGUUUGGUGAGUGGCAUUAUGAUGUGUUUGUGCUUUACUGCUGCAGCUGAGAAUGUUUAUAUGGGCUGAUCACUUCCAUGAAGGUGUCUCAGACCCUGGCAUGGGAGGAGCAGCAAAACAGAUUUUAAUCCUUUGUAUCUGAUCUUCACACCUCAGUGCCCCACUCUGGAGAGCAUGCUACAUUUCCUUAAAGUUUCCCCCACCCCCACUUUUCAAGUUUAAAAUGGAGACCUUGCUGUGAGAGUGAAACUGGGAAUAGCUUCCUUCUUCCCACCUCUGGUCUUAAGGAAAGAGCAUGUUUUAUACCAGGUGCCAACAAUAGAUUCUCCAGAACUUGCUGAGUGAAGGCUUGGGUCCCACUCAGCAGGCAAAGCAAAGUGGGUCCUGAAAGGGGACCCCCAGGCUCUCCUCAUAAUUCAGUCAGUGUUUUAACCCCUGAGAUGUGCCUUCAGCUCUGGGGUGGUGGCGGUCCGUGGGAGGUUGCCUUUCUUGCAAGUACAGCAUUUCUUCUUCCCAAGAGCAUGAGUGUUUCGCACAGAUGGUCUGUGCCGCACUGGGUUGGGUGGCGGAGGGAGUGGCGAGAGGAGCUGGCUUUGAGUCCUCCCAAGGACUGGCUUGAGGGCUGAGCCGGUUCUCCGAAGUGCCUGGCGUACCUGCAGUGCAGGUGGUCGUGAGAAUCACACGAGCUUCAGCGCGUUUCGGAGUCUGAGAGGUGCUGUGCGGGUGAGCGGCACUGCCGGUCCAGAUGCCCUCUCCGCUGUGUCCCGACCCACCCCUGCCGGUUUCCAGGACUUGAACUCUCCGGGUUCCUUUGUGCUCUUGUUGUCUCCGUGCGUGCGGGCUUCUGGGCCUGGGGUGUGCUUUUCCUGUAGGGCAGACUCCCCGUUUCUCCCUGCUCAUCUCCCACGGCCGUUGUCCUUACGCCUGAGGGCACCAGUCACCCUGCCCGAGGCUGCUUGUACCUCUCCCUUUAGACCGAAUCCUUGCUGGACACGUAUUUCGUUAAUCCGUACGACCAUUUCAGUACUGGUACAAAGCAGAUGUUUAAUAAAUAUUUGUUGAAAGAAGUUUAAAAAAGAAAGAACAGAUCCAGAACCAAGAUUCGAGUAUCAAGACUUUGUAUUACUCAUUCAAGAUUCACGUCCUUCACAGGGUUCUUAUCCUUUGCUUUCAGCUAAAUUCAGGGCGUUCCAUAACGUGACGCUUUUCUCUCUACCUCAUUACAGGGAUUUCCUCUUAGGAAAUCCUAUUAGGGUACUUCUGAGGAGUCAGACCAUCUGAGUUCCAGCUCUCAGCUGGGCCACUAACUAGCUUCCUGAUUAAAAAAAAUCACCUUUGGCCCAAGUUUGUUAUUUAUUGGCAGUGAGUGGUACUGCACGACUGGAAUGUUACGAUUAUUUUGAAGAUGUUUAACAAGUAAUAUUUAAAACACCAAAGCGUAUGAAUUAUUUUACUUCAAAAAAUACAUACUGGAAUUAAAUGUCUAAAAUAAACUCUGUCAGUCAUUUACUUUCUGAAAGUACUUGAUUUCUGGAGAGGAAAAGGGCUAAAUUAUUAAAAGCAGUAAGUUCUGCUGGAUUCAUACCCUGAAAUCAUCCAGAAGGUCACUUCCUGUUCAGAAACUUUCAGGGUCCGAUUUCUCUUCACACUGAGAUGCAGUUAAAGGCUUGCUUCAGUUUUCUUUACAAAGGAUACCACACCAACCAGAUUUUAGUCGGUUAGAUGAGGAGGUGCAAAUAUACAGACCCAGAGAGGACCACAGUGAGGACUGAAGUGGAGGAGGUGAGCCACACGGUUGACCGCCAGCUGAGGGCGUGCAGGGGACACAUCCAUCCUCCACUGGCCGAUGGGUGACCGGCCACCUCUAGUCCUCAUCCGAGCCACCCAGGAGGGCUGUCUGGUAGGUGUGAUCUGACUUCAGCUUCUGAAUCCCAAUGAUUUCUCUUUCUCCGUGUCUCUUGACUCGUGUCAGAAAGCUGUAACAGAAACAGUGAGAGCAACUGAGGGUAGCCCCCAGGUCCCCACAUUCCCUCGGCUGAGGAUGCGGGGGCCUCUGCUGGUGCUUAAAGCAUUCUCUCUCUCUGUUUAUCAAAUACUGUGAUUACUUGUCCUGACUUCCCAGACAGUAUUCUUUGGUGGAUAAAAGAACUCAUGAUCGGUAUUAUUUAAUGGUUAGUGUCGUAACUGAGAUUAAGCUCAGGUCUCUUGUCCGCGGUUUGUUUCACAGACCAGGCAGUGGACCAAAAGGAAACCAUGAGCUCGCUUCCCUUCUGUUUGGUCCCCGUGGAACUCCUUCUGGGUGAAGUGUCUGCCUUGAGUAGGGAAGUCAGGGACUAGGAGGGAGCAGGGGGCGGCUCUGAUGACACAGAGCUCAGCGAACCAGGGCUGAGAGCCUGGAACGCGGUUGCAGUCUCGAGCUCUGCGUUUGCUCCCUGGGCCACCCUGAUCCCAUGCUUCAGUCUUUCCAAGCCUUGUUUUCCCCAUCUCUACACAUCACGUGCACGCUUCAUCAGGUGAGCGUCACGUGGGGUAAUUUAAUACGCAUCACGUGCUGACCGCAUCGCGGGGACACGGUCGGUGCCUGGGAAUCACUGUUUGCUCUGGUAAGCCCUGGGAACGCUCGGAGAGUGCUUGCUGCCCCGGCGUUUAUCUGCUGACCGCAUGUCUGUGAGAAGUCAGGCAAACCAAGAAAUGGUGGGAUGGGCUCGGAAUGAACCAGGGACAGCAGGCACUGCGAUCCAGGACCAAUGCCUAUUCAGAGUUUCUCCCAUCACACCGCUGUGACCAGACAGGCCCUUUAACUUCUCAAGCCCUGGCACCCUUGUUUGCAGGCGUAGAGUACCUUGCACAGGACUUGGCGCUCACUGAGAGGUGGAAGUUAGCACUGCUUGGUUGUGAAAGGCAGGUCAGUGGAGGUAACAGUGAUGCAGUGCAGUGCAUUUCAGGGCAGGGGGCUGGUUAGGAGGAUGACCUUGGACGUACCAGUGAACAAGUGAGUAGCUGAUGGCCACUGUGCAGAGGGCGGCCAGGUAGUGCCAGCUGAAGCACAUGGUGAUGAACAUGAUGUUGUUGUGGUCACUCUGGUCCCAUUCGGGUCCUCCGAAAGGCGGAAACAGCACGAACCCGAUCUGGUGGGUGAUGCAGAGCAGCCGCCUUGUCAUCCGUGGGGGCCAAGACACCCCUGGCCCCCUGUGGCUGCCCGAGUUGUCAGCAGCUCCCCACCACCUCACCCCCAUACCCUGUUAGUAUCAGAAGGCCUCUUUGCACAGGAAAUGUUUCUAAGUUAAUCCCGAGUUUAGUGUAGCCUUACUUAAAACAGUAUCAGAGCCCUUGUCUAUUGUGAAGUUUAGCAAGUGGAGCCUGUAAGUGGCGUCAGUCCCUCCCCUGGGGAGAGCAGACGGGGCGGUCCCCUGCCUGCUGGCGGCGCGUGCUCCGGAGGCACAGCGCCAGCAGCAGGAUGUUAAUGGGAGAAGCCAUGCAGGUCAGGGGUGGGCACAGGCAGGGCAGCGGCUUCUGACCCCUCCGCAUGGCACCUAGUGCUGCGUCUCCUGGACACGCUCGGUGAGGCUGUUUCAUCCAUGUACAGGGUGAGAGGCAUGGUUGGGGGUAAUUACCUGCCAGAACCAGGUGCCCUGAAGGAUAGCGAGGCUGGUUCGGAAGAGUUCCAGCACAAUGUUGUCCCGAAGGAUCACUUCCAAGGCGAUGCUGAGAGCCCCUCCAAAUACUGCGUACAGCAGGAGGGAGUGGAUGUGCUGGUCCAGCGGCGGCCGGUUGUGGACGUGGUAGUAGAAGAGAAAGCCUGCAGCGCAAGGACGGCCGUCAGCCCCCAUUUCCACCCAGAGGACUCAUCCCUGCUUUAGCCUCGUUAGGACACGUCUGUCUCCAAGUUAGAUUUUCCACCCCUAAGGAAUCACUUUAUGUAACGCUGGAGCAGCAGACUGAUGCAGUUAAAUCAUUGCAUGAGCGUGUGCCUCGUGUGAGAGCAGGUGUGAGCAGCGAAGGAUGCGUCUUAUAUCUCUUUACAGAAUCCGUGGCAGGUUCUGUGGGAUGGGCUGGUGAGACACGUUGCUGAUGUGUGACAGUUUUCGUGUGUGUGUACUUUCAGUUUAGUCUUAUCCUCAUUUCAACCUUUUUUCACCGCUUCCUGAGGUACAGAUGUAAAUAAGGUGGUUGGAGUACAGAAUGCUCCUUUUAACCUAGCUAACAUGAGUUACACUGGGAGGUCUGUCCUAGCUGCCGGGCGGGCUUCCUGGGACAUGUGACGGAGUCCAGACAGUCAUACCCAGGGUGUGGUGGGGGCAGUCUCUCCCUUAACCAGGUGGGCACCCCCAGUCUCCUGUGAGGGGCGAGGCGUUUGUGCGCUGUCAGCCGGAGCUCGGGCUAAAAGCCUCGUGCUUUCAUGUGCUGCUUUAGGGGAUGUGUCGUCUGAACCAUCCACAGCAUAGGACCGGGUCCUGUGCAGGUUUCUGAUGCUCAAGGAUUGGGGUUUUCUGGGGAAGGUUAUUAAAUUAGUGGUAUUUCUGGUGGUUUGUCCUCCGAUCCCUCUCAGCACAGCUUGGCAGUCUCCGUUUCCAUUUCUCCAUCCAGACCACCCAGUUACCUUCAUUGAACACCGCCACAGCCAUGACCAGCCUGUCCAGCCCCACGGGGGUGUGGGCGCUGAGGUAGGUGAGCAUGUCCGCGACUCCCGAGGCAGCGAAGAACAGGUACAUGGUGCUGUGCUGCCAGUUCAUCAGCUUCACCCAGUGGCUCUCCUGGGACAGGUGGAGGUGGGGCCCGUCUGGAACAAACUGCUCUGCCAGGACCCCUGCAGGGAGACGGGGGUGCAGGUUGGGGGAAGAGCAGCUCCAGGACAAGCAGCCAAGUACCCCAAGUCAUGCGUGGGGGGCUGCGGUUCCGGGGACCUGCUUUGCUGCCUCAGAUGCAGCCAUUUCGGUGUAAAAUAAGUGUUUGCUGGGGAACCCGUAGGGCCGUGUUGUCUUUGUUGUGGUUCCUUUAGGGGAGAAGCGGGGGUAGGAGCAGCGAUAGAAACGCAGCCACUUGGGUCCCCGGGAUGUUUGUCCAGCAGCUGAGAUGACGGAAGGACACUGUCACUUAAGUGAGAGUUUGGGUGAUACGUCCACCUGUGGGUUCCCCCGCCAAGUGAGCCCUGAAAGAUCUGGAAGGAAGCAACUCGGUUUAAAAUGAAAGGACCCCAGUGAGACACACUGGUGGUGGACAGACCCUUGCUCCCAGGUGUGUUCGCUUCCUACGAGCUUGGAGGUGGGGGUCCUUCCCACUGCGCCGGGUCUCCCAGACGCCGGGAGAACAGGGCUGUUACCCUGGUGUUUCUGGCCUCACUGAAGCUCAGGACACAGGCGCAGCAGAGCCACGGGGCCUUGCUCACUUCUUACUCCUUCUACCUUCAUCACCUCUUUUGGAAGCAGGAGACUGGCCUUUCAUCAGGUGCCUAAAGUGUUCUUGGAGCCUAGAAUAAAUUCUCUGUGAUGACACUCUGGACCCUAUUUCCCAAACCGGUCUCUUCCUGAAUUCACGUGUCAAGGCUGUACGUGUUGGUGGAGAUGUCCCAGUGACAGGCAAGCAGGAGCCGUCCGAGAGCGGGGACUGCCUGGCUCCCCGGCUGCAUCCCCGACACUGAGACGGCGAGCUCCAGGCACGCAGUAGGAGCCCAGGAGAUAAUUGUUGGAUGAGUAGUAUUUCCACCCGGCAGAGAGGUCUAAUACUAUUUUCCUAGCUUUAUUGAGGCCAGCCCAGUGCUGUCCUUACCAUGUAAGUCACUUGGGCCCUAUCACGUCUCAGCUUCAGAGAGAGAACCGGGUGCCCGGUGAAUGGGAAGGUGCAGUGGACUCUGCUCACUCCAAGAGGAGCCACUGCCCUUGCUUUAGUUCCUCAGUGGGACUGUGGGCCACAGGGGACAGGUGGCCAGAUGCCACCGCAGGCUGAGAUCCCUCACUGCCCGCGUGAUGGGCUGCUGGCACUGCUUGUUCCCUGAGGGCCACCAGUGGGGUGGAGAGGCCGACUGGUGACAGUGGAAGGGGGUGGGCUUUGUUGGAAUGGGGCUCAGCGAAGGAGAAACCCUUGGACUGACCCUCUGCUCAGUGGCCUUUUUCACCCUCACACCGCCUCUUGCCAGCCUCCAGCAUGAAUUCCCCAUCUCUGAGUGCCUGCGUGUGGGUGUGGGGGACGUGCUGUGAGGGGGUGUUAACUACGACUGCAAUUCUGGUGGAGGGACAACUGGGGGGAGAAAGGUGUUUUUCCUAAAACUAAGCUCCAUUUAGUACUUACAAUUCGUGCAUGAGUUUAAGCUGAUUUGUUCUCUUUUUUUUUUCUAUUUUUGUUUUAUCUUUUUCAUAAAGUAUGUCUUCUGUUUAUACAACUUAUGUCAUGUUCCUACAAAUUAUACCUACAUCCUUCUGUGGUAAAGGAUGCAGUUUAUUUGGUAGUUUCUCACAGUGUACUGUGAUGUCGGGUGCUAGUAACUGUCAUUGGUACACAGCUCGGUACACAGUAGAUGCUGUGAUAAAAUACUUAGUACUUAACUGAACAUCCAUGUUCUAUUAUUCCUGCCAGUGGGGACAUCCAUUUCACAGGGUCCAGAAAAUGAAUUACAGGCUCUGGGUAUGACAGGGAGAUGCCCUGGGCCAGAUCAACCAUCCUUACCAAUGACCGAAAAUAAAGUUCUGAUUGCAGCUUCAGUGAUCUCCAGACGCUGAUAGUAAUGAGUCAGUUGGCUGCUUUUCCCCUUUCGGUGAAAGUACUUCAGCGGGUACUUCACUGACCACCACAGUCCAACUAUCAAGAAGAAGCUCCCCGGGAGAGCGUGGCCCUUGAAGUUUGCCAUCACGGUCCAAGGACACCUAAACAAUAAGGAGACAAUUGUUAGGUGGCUGAAUGGAGGAAAAAACAUGUGGAUAUUUCGGCAGGAAACACAAUACAUGACUGACAAUUCCAAGUUGUAAGUCGUAUUAAGAAGGAGUUCCUCAUUCUCAUUGAAUAAGCCUGUGUUACGUCUUUGGAAUCUUGUCUGCUAAGUGAGUUACAAGCCCAAGAACCACUGGCCCCGAAGCCUUAAAAUCGUGGGUAAAAUAGAUGAGAAAAGGAGGAUGGGUGAAUAUUUCAUGAUCUUAGGGUGGAAAGCCUUCCUAAACGUAAGGAGGGAACUAGAAAGGAAAAACCGUCACCUGUAUGAGCAUUUUACAUAUCAAACACGUCAGAAGGCGAACAGUUUGGGGAAAACGUUUGCAGUAGCUGUGAUGAGCGGAUAGUCCAUUGAAGAGCCUUUACAAAUGAGUAAGAAAAUGACCACAGAAGAAUGGGCGAAGCAUGAGCCGUGCAAUUCACAAAAUAACAAACUGAUGAUAAACUUCACUUUAAAGAUACGCAAAUGAAAGCACUACUGUAUUUCAUCUAAUCUGAAGAAUUAAGAGUUUUGGUGCCGCCCUCUAAGUGUAAAUGAACACGGUCAUUCAAACUUGGUAAAAUGAGAGCCUGCCGUUCAGCCCGAGGUGCGUGCGGAGAGGGGAGCCUCAGCCCUUCCGUGACUCACUCCUCUGGUUUUCCCUGUUAAAUUCCCAGUUGGUCUGCUGCUCACCCAGCUGGUCCUGUGACCUCAGGCUCACAAACAGGGCGUGUCCUUGCUCAGUCCUGAGUGCUCGGUCCAUGCUAGUCCGGAAAGCCAAGGAUUUCCAACUCCCCAUCACCGCCCUGAACUGUGUCUGUUUCCUGGGAGCAGAGCAAGUGCCACCUUACAUAAAAGUCAUUGACUGAGUGAGGGGGACCCUGUUAGGGUGCUGCUGAAAAGGUCGUGGUUUCCCACCAUUCUUACCUGAAGUUCUGAUAGUUUCUCAAGAAUAAAUGCUUCUGUUGAGGAUUUAGUGGAACUACUCUGUAAUAUCACUGCCUUGGUCCCCUUUUAUGUGGCAGGUGACCUGCAGGGCUUUGAACUGACACUCCCUCCUGUGAGCGUGCCCUGGACACGGCUGCAGAGUCCCAGGCUUGAAUACCCGGUCCUGCCUGUUUCUCUGCUGGCACCCUGCCUUGACCUCCCCGCGUGGCCCUCGAGGCAUGCUCUGUACUUCUCCAGGACCUGUAAGUAGUGAACUCAGUUUCAGCUCUCUUGUGGGCUUUGGUUGAACUGAGGCUCACCAUCCAGCACCCAGCAUUCCAAGAUACUAUUUUAUAAGUGUUAGUUUAACAGUCACCACAGCUUCCCAACUUGUUGACCUUUGGUCAGUUUCCAGUUUCCUGAAGUGGUUGGUUUGGAUAAUGUUGCCUGGUUUUACACUUAUUUAGGAGGCGGGGUAUGUAUGUGCUUUGUUUCUUUACAGAAGGAACUGCAUCUCUUCAUGCUGUCAUAACUGGAAGAACCUCUUCUCUCUCUUUUUUUUUUUAACCCUCUACUGAUCAACGUUUAACGAAUCUCCAGUUUCGUUUAAUGUUUAACACAGGUCCCUUUCUAAAGAUCAAGCCUGUUACACGCCUUUGUUUUCCUGGCCAGAAGUGCGGGAAAACCAGCUCUGCAAACCCUCCCUGCCCCUCCCCAUUUUUCUGAGAGGCAGAACCCAAACAGAGGCAGAGUCCCUUGUCUGCUUCUGUGGCGUCCACACCAUUUGUCAAGCCUCACCCUUCCCUUUCACCUGGUUUAAAGUUCACACCAGUGGAUACCAGGGCCUGCAGUACAUUUGGAGAAGCUACUACUGCAAGGUUGAGUACCUUGAUUUGAUGGAGGAGAGGAGCAAGGAGGUAGAUCUCUUCCAUUAACAAAUUAAUAGAUUAGCUUAUUAGGUUAGCUACAUUAUAGAGCAUGUAAAGAGGAUGAGUCCAGUUUUAAUGAGAAGGAAGGCAGUAACUUAAACAGGAUGAUAAAAAUUUAGACCUUUAAUAAUUUGGAUAGCGCCAUUCAAAUAGAAAGGAAAAAGCAAAUGUUUAAGGGAUGAGCUCCCUUGAAUACACAGAAAGGUGUAGCCUUUAUGCUAUAAAAUAUUUCAAUCUAAGGAAAACCCACAGGUAGGAAAACAUUAGAAAGUGCUUCCACAAAGACAAAUUCCCUCAUUAUUAAUACUUUUACUCUUUUGAUAUCACAUGAGAUAGGAUGGGAGUGUGAAGGGAUGGUUAAUCGUUUUGAGAGGUAGUAACUUUGAGUUAAAGCUAGAAACCAGGAAGGCUAGAGGUCUGGGCUACUUUUCAUUUCAUAUCUAGAAAGAUCACUGGGAAAGGAACGUCGUUUGAGUAAGGUUUCGCCUGCUUUCCUUUUACUCCUGGUUUUAAGCCAUUUCCCCCAAUCUACAUUCCCUCUUUUUCAUUUAAGGUAUUCAAGGUGGAAGACAGGUGUCAAGAAGAGAAGAAGGCCGAGUGGGGAGCGAGGGAAGGACGUACCUGGGAGCGGUGGGGAGAAGUGCAGAGGAGAGGAGAAGCGCAGUUAAUGCCAUUUGCCGGUGGUUUCAAAUAAAACUUGCCCUGAUGGCUUUUCUCAGUAAA